AUGAAGAAAUUUAAUUUCCGCAAAGUUUUGGAUGGUCUGACCGCCUCCUCGCCCGGUGGAAGCGGUGGCGGUGGCGGUGGAAGCGGGGCUGGCGGCGGCUCCGUGCACCCGGCGGGGACUGCAGGGGCUGCGGGGACUCCCAGAGACGAGGUCCAGGAGACGCUAACUUCAGAUUAUUUCCAAAUCUGUAAGACGGUUCGCCAUGGUUUUCCUUAUCUACCCACUGCCUUAGCUUUUGACCCAGUUCAGAAAAUUCUGGCAAUUGGAACGAGAACAGGAGCAAUACGAAUAUUGGGCAGGCCUGGUGUUGAUUGCUACUGCCAACAUGAAAGUGGUGCUGCAGUUUUGCAGCUCCAGUUCUUAAUCAAUGAGGGUGCUUUGGUCAGUGCAAGUGCAGAUGAUACACUUCAUUUGUGGAAUCUCAGACAGAAACGACCAGCUAUCCUACAUUCUCUGAAAUUUAACAGAGAACGGAUUACUUACUGCCAUCUACCUUUCCAGAGUAAAUGGCUUUACGUUGGAACAGAGAGGGGAAAUACACACAUUGUUAAUAUUGAGUCCUUCAUUCUUUCUGGAUAUGUCAUCAUGUGGAACAAGGCAAUAGAACUAUCCACAAAGACUCACCCUGGGCCAGUUGUACAUUUAAGUGACAGCCCAAGAGAUGAGGGAAAACUAUUGAUAGGCUAUGAAAAUGGGACUGUAGUACUCUGGGACUUACGAUCUAAAAGAGCUGAUCUGAGAGCUUAUUAUGAUGAGGCUAUUCAUUCUGUUGCUUGGCACCAUGAAGGGAAACAGUUCAUGUGCAGUCACUCAGAUGGAAGCUUGACCCUGUGGAACCUGAAAAGUCCUAACAGACCAUUCCAGACCACAAUCCCACAUGGAAAAAUUCAAAGAGAUGGUAAAAAACCCGAAUCCUGUAAACCAAUUCUUAAAGUAGAGUACAAGACCUGUAAAAACAGUGAACCGUUUGUGAUAUUUUCUGGUGGAUUGUCAUAUGAUAAGGCUUGUCGAAGACCAAGUCUAACAAUUAUGCAUGGAAAAGCAAUUACAGUUCUUGAAAUGGAUCACCCUAUAGUUGAUUUUUUAACUCUCUGUGAAACCCCGUAUCCAAAUGAAUUUCAAGAACCCUAUGCUGUAGUUGUGCUUUUGGAAAAAGAUCUCAUUGUUGUUGACCUGACACAAAGCAAUUUUCCAAUCUUUGAAAAUCCAUAUCCUAUUGACAUUCAUGAGUCACCUGUCACCUGCACAGAAUAUUUUGCCGACUGUCCUCCAGAUUUGAUUCCUGUACUCUAUUCUGUAGGAGCAAAACAUAAAAAGCAAGGAUACAGCAAUAAGGAGUGGCCUAUCAGUGGUGGAGCAUGGAACCUUGGAGCUCAGACAUAUCCCGAAAUCAUUAUUACAGGCCAUGCAGAUGGAUCAGUAAAGUUUUGGGAUGCUUCUGCCAUUACUCUACAGAUGUUGUACAAAUUAAAAACAUCAAAGGUCUUUGAAAAACAAAAGUUGGGAGAAGGAAAAGCAACAGCUGAGAUUGUGGAAGAAGACCCUUUUGCUGUUCAGAUGAUGUACUGGUGUCCUGAAAGCCGAAUUUUUUGUGUGGCAGGAGUUUCUGCAUAUGUGGUUGUUUACAGAUUCAGCAAACAUGAAGUAAAUACAGAAAUUGCAUCACUAGAGGUACGACUUCAGUAUGAAGUAGAAGAUAUCAUUACUCCUGAACCAGAAAUAAUUCCCCAGUUUCCAGAUGCCUCUUCCCAGCUUCCUUCUUUAAAGAGCCUUUCAGGCAGUACCAACACUGUAGCAUGUGAAGGAAUGAUGAAGGACAGUAUCCCAUGUCUUAGUGUUAAGACUCGACCUGUGCGAAUGCCUCCUGGAUACCAAGCAAAUCUUGUUAUUCAGUUGGUGUGGGUGGACGGUGAGCCUCCACAACAGAUUACCAGUCUUGCUGUAAACUCUGCUUAUGGACUAGUGGCAUUUGGAAACUGCAAUGGUUUGGCUGUUGUGGACUUUAUGCAGAAGACAGUACUGCUGAGCAUGGGAACCCUUGACCUAUAUGGAUCAAGUGAUCCAUACCAACGUCAACCCCGUUCGCCUCGCAAAAGCAAGCAGUUUGCUGCAGACAACUUUUGCAUGCGUGGCCUGUCUAACUUUUAUCCAGAUUUAACGAAACGGAUCCGUACUUCCUAUCAGAGCCUGACUGAACUCAGUGACAGUCCAGUUUCCCUGGAGCUAGAGCGUUGCAAGUCUCCCACUUCAGAUCACGUGAAUGGUCACUGUACAAGUCCAACAUCCCAGAGCUGCAGUGCAGGAAAACGACUUUCCAGCGCGGACGUCUCAAAAGCAAACCGCCGAGGGCCUGGGAGGCCCCCCUUUAGAAAGGCGCAGUCUGCAGCCUGCAUGGAGAUUUCCCUCCCAGUCACCACAGAAGAAAACCGGGAAAACUCCUUCAGCCGUUCCCGAAGCUCCAGCGUGUCGAGCAUCGACAGGGACUCAAAGGAGGCAAUUACAGCUUUGUACUUCAUGGAGUCCUUUGCCCGAAAGAAUGACUCUGCUGUCUCCCCAUGCCUCUGGGUUGGAACGGGCCUUGGUAUGGUCUUAAUCCUCUCCCUUAACCUGCCUGCCAGUGACGACCUACGGCAGUCAGAGCCGGUCAUGGUGUCGCCAAGUGGCACAGUUCUGACACUGAAAGGCGCCGUGCUGACCUUCGCAUGCUUGGACUGCAUGGGGACGUUGACACAUCCACCAUAUGAAGUAUGGAGGGACCCACACAGUGCUGAUGAUGGUGAAAAAACAAGAAAAAGGAAACUUGUCAUGCAUUCCCCUUCCUCCUCCCAGGAUAUGGGUGAUCACCAAUUUGCAGUCAUUUGUUCAGAAAAACAAGCCAAAGUCUUCUCAUUGCCUUCCCAAACAUGUCUUUAUGUCCACAACAUCACCGAAACAUCCUUUUUAUUGCGAGCAGAUGUGGUCACCCUCUGUAACAGCGUCUGUCUGGCGUGCUUUUGUGCCAAUGGGCACAUCAUGACACUGAGCUUACCCAGCCUUCGCCCACUGCUGGACAUCAACUAUUUGCCUGUAACAGAUAUGAGGAUAGCGCGGACCUUUUGUUUCACUAAUGAAGGGCAGGCUUUGUACCUCAGCUCUCCCACUGAGAUCCAGCGCCUAACAUACAGCCAGGAGAUGUGUGACAAUCUGCAGGACAUGCUUGGGGAUUUGUUUACUCCUGUGGAAACACCAGAAGCCCAAAACAGAGGCUUUCUCAAAGGACUUUUUGGAGGAAGUGGACAAGCUUUUGACAGAGAGGAACUUUUUGGUGAGGCCACAGCAGGAAAAGCCUCUCGCAGUCUUGCCCAGCACAUACCUGGAUCAGGAGGAAUUGAAGGUGUGAGAGGAGCUGCAGGAGGAGUUAUUGGGGACCUGACUCGUGCACGCAUUGCCCUUGAUGAGCGAGGACAGAAACUGGGGGAGCUGGAUGAAAGGACUGCGAGCAUGAUGGCCAGUGCAGAAGCAUUUUCCAAACAUGCACAUGAGGUGAUGCUGAAAUACAAGGACAAAAAAUGGUACCAGUUUUAAACUUUUAAAGAAUCUGCUUGUGGCUUUAUUAAGAACACUGUUCAGGGAAGCAAUGUUCAUUCCCAAAUCUACCAGUCACGGGUCAGAAACAAUUUUUCUCCUAGAAGAUGUUUUCCUCUUACAAUAUUG